AAAAAUAUAUAAAAUCUAAACUAAUAAAUAUAAAAUGGUCAAACUGCCGAUGCCCUUAUAUGGCGCGUGACGUCACCGCCAUGGCGCCGCGCCACCGCUGAGGCGACCACUUUUUGUUGUUGGCGCGCUUUUCCCGCCACCUCCAUCACCACCAUCACCACCCACCUCAUCACCCCCCCCUCCUUGUCACCCCGCUCCUCCUCCACCUCGUCGUCAACCCGCCACCAAGUCGAGCCCCGCUCCCUCUUUGCAGGGACCAGGCGAAGACUUCGGUGCCCUCUUCCCCCCACCCCCCCAUCAGCCGAGAGCGGGCGGCGCGUAGAAGCCUGUGCAGUGUAGGCCGCGCUAGACUUGCCCGCUGCGCCAGGCCACCGCCUCAGCCUUUACAACAUUCUCGAGACUUUAGUUUUUAAAAAAAAAAAACACCCUCUGCAUAACAACAACAGCGACGUUAGCGAGGAGGAGAGUGCGCGACGUCGUGACGGUGAUAGAAGCCCGCGGGAGUCAGCUGCGAUGCUGCCGAUGCCGAUGCCGCCGCCGCUGCUACAGCCGCAGCGAUAUCCUUGCAGCCCGUGAGGAGAGGCCUCGACCAGCACCAUGAAGAAGGGCAGGAAUUCAUGUUCGAGUGACGAAUCGGACGGUGCUGCCACUGUUCCCUCUUGGCCACCACCGCCCUCAUCGUCCUCUUCCAAGCAGCAACAGCAUCACCCUCACCAACAUCACCCUCCUCACCCUCCUCACCCUCCUCACCACCACCAGCAGCCUCAACUCAAAUCACGAUCCCACCGAUUCUCGUCGUCGUCGUCGUCGUCGACCGCCAUCGCCGCAGCAGCAGCGACGAUGACGCCGUCGGCGACGUCAUCAUCGGCCGCGGUGGCCGUGGCGACGGUGACAUCGCCGCCGCCGCCGCCGCCGCCGCCACCGACGCCGUCGUCAUCUUCGUCUCACCGCCCGGCGGAGGUUUACCGCAAGGACCUCAUCAGCGCCAUGAAGGUGCCGGACUCGGCGCAGCUGGGCCCCGGCGAAUAUUACGUCAUGGCGGACGCCUGGAAGCCCGAGUGGGAGAAGGGGGUGCAGGUGCCUGUGUGCAGCGAGCAGGACUACCCGGAGCCCAGCGUCAGGAUACUGGCGGAGCGCGAGAAAGCCGUGACGUUUGCACGGACCAGGAAGUAUAUCCAGAUGUCGGACCUGGAGUCUCCAACACCCGGCUACGCCGACCUGCGCUCGCUCAUCCAGGCAACCUGCCACUACGACCUGGACGAUACCGACCUCUCCUGGCUACAGAUGGCCAACCGCGAGCUCCAGCGCAUGGGGGAGCCGCGGGUGGACGAGGCUGCGGCGGAGCGCGUGAUGGAGCGGCUGGAGCGGCGCUGCGAGGACCGCAUGGCGGUGGCCAUGGACACGGUGGAGGGCCUGGGCAUCGAGUACGACGAGGACGUGGUGUGCGACGUGUGCCGCUCGCCCGACUGCGAGGAGGCCAACGAGAUGGUGUUCUGUGACCGCUGCAACGUGUGUGUCCACCAGGCUUGCUACGGCAUCCUCAAGGUGCCGGAGGGCAGCUGGCUGUGCCGCUCGUGCGCACUGGGCGUGCGGCCCCCCUGCCUGCUGUGCCCCAAGACUGGCGGCGCCAUGAAGCCCACGCGCAGCGGCAGCAAGUGGGCGCACGUCAGCUGUGCCCUCUGGAUCCCCGAGGUGAGCAUCGGUUGUCCCGAGCGAAUGGAGCCGGUAACGAAGAUCUCUCAAAUUCCGCCCAGCCGCUGGGCCCUCGUCUGCUCCCUCUGCCGCAUCAAGACCGGGGCCUGCAUCCAGUGCUCGGUGAAGAGCUGCAUCACGGCGUUCCACGUCACCUGCGCCUUCGAGCACGCCCUGGAGAUGCGCACCACCCUGGAGGAGGGGGAGGAAGUUCGAUUCCGCUCCAUCUGCUCCAAGCACAGCAAGCGCCGGCCACUGCAGCAGCAGCAGCAGCAGCAUAGGAGCAGCCACGCGGGAGGAGGAGGAGGUGGUGGUGGAGGAGGAGGGUGUGGUCCCACUGAGGAUGAGAAGACCAGCCUACGCAAACAGAAGCUGCAGGAACUGCAGGAGGAGUUCUUCUCGCUGGCGGGCCCCGGUGAGGAGCUGGCCCAGUCUCUGUGUCUCCCCGAGGUUCCGGUCGACCUCCUCUUCCAGUACUGGAAGCUGAAGCGCCGCUCCUCCUUCUCACGCCCGCUCAUGGACCCCCCUCCAGACUCCCUCGCCACGGCGGGGGCCGGGGGGGCCGCGGGAGGCUCGGGGGCCGGAGGGGGCGCGGGUGGCACCGAGGCGUCGGAGGACAGCCUCUACCGCCGCAUGCGCAUGUUCAUGUACCUGCGGCAGGACCUGGAGAGGGUGCGGAACUUGUGCUACAUGGUCUCCCGGAGAGAGAAACUCAAGAACUCGUUGACGCGCCUCCUGGAGCAGAUCUUCCAGACUCAGCUGCGUCUGCUCGAGACCGGCACCGCCACAGGCACCAGCGCUAGCAGCGCCGGCGCAAGCGGUGCGAGCACCAGCGCCUGCGUCCACCGAUCGCCGGCCGCGCCGGCCGCCACCGCCCCCGCCUCUUCGUCCUUUUCGGCGCCGGCGUCGGCGUCAGAAAUCGCCGGCGCCUAUCCCGACACGCCCCGUCGCCCCGACGCCGUCAACGGGCGGCGCCCCCCCACACCGCAUCAGCAGCAGCAGGGAGGCGGUGGAGGCGGUGGAGGCGGCUUGGCGAAGACGACGACCGCGGCGACGGCGAAGAGGAGCGGGAGGAGGUGGAGGGGCGAGCGGAGAACGGCGACGGGGAGAGGAGGAGGACGAGGAGGCCGGCGCCGCUCGCCGACGGACGCGUCCUGA